ACUGGUGACGUGGCUGUCACGUGACCGAGAGCCGCCGCCGAGAGCAGAAGUCCUGCCAGUCGUCUCCGUCUGGGUACCAGCCCCCUAUUACUCUGCAGGCGUGUGAAGGAAGAAGGGAACUAGCUCAGACCGUGCAGGUUUGUAGGUCUGUUGGCCUGUAGGUCGCGACGCAAGUCUCGGCGAGAGAGAAGGCGCAAACUGCCUUGGUCGGAACCGUGCAGAUUCAUCACAAAACAGCUACAGGAACCAAGAGAGGCUGAAGACUACCGCCUUCCAGCAUUACUCGCCCUGGCCCUAAGAGUCCUCUUCAGUCAGGUGGAGCAAGGCCCCCUCCUGUCCUGCCCCAAGGCUGGCACGGACUUGACUAUGGGCCGGGCUCGGGAAGUGGGUUGGAUGGCGGCAGGACUGAUGAUUGGGGCUGGUGCCUGCUACUGCGUUUACAAACUGACUAUAGGAAGAGAUGACAGUGACAAGUUGGAGGAGGAGGAAGAGGAAUGGGACGAUGACGAGGAGCUGGAUGAGGAGGAGUCCGACAUUUGGUUUGAUUUCACAACUAUGGCUCGACCAUGGAGUGAGGAUGGGGACUGGACUGAACCUGGGGCCCCAGGUGGCACUGAGGACAGGCCUUCCGGGGGGGGCAAGGCCAACCGAGCACACCCAAUAAAACAGCGGCCAUUCCCCUAUGAACAUAAAAAUACUUGGAGUGCUCAAAACUUUAAAAAUGUCAGCUGCACUCUUGACCUCUCCAAGUGUCUUUUGAUUCAGGGGAAAAUGCUGUUUGCUGAGCUCAAGGAUGCGGGUUUGUCAUUUAGCCACGAUAUCAAUAGUCAUUUGGCCAGCCUCUCAAUCGUUGGAAACACGAUCCCCACUCCCGACUCCACUGUUGGGGAGGCUUUGUGUGCCCCGGAUAACGUGAAUGAGAGUAUUGAAAACCGGGGCCAGAUUAAGGUGUACAUCAACGAAGUGUGUCGGGAGACUGUGUCACGUUGCUGCAACUCAUUUCUGCAGCAGGCCGGAUUAAAUGUGUUAAUAAGCAUGACAGUUAUUAAUAACAUGCUUGCCAAGUCCGUUUCAGACCUGAAGUUUCCUUUGAUUUCAGAGGGAAGUGGAUGUGCUAAGGUUCAGCUUUUGAAACCGCUGAUGGGUUUGUCUGAAAAGCCAGUCUUGGCGGGGGAAUUGCUCGGUGCCCAGAUGCUGCUCUCAUUCAUGUCCCUCUUUACCAGAAAUGGAAACAGAGAGAUUCUCCUGGAAACCCUUGCCCGGUAAAUGACCGUCUCAAACACAAUGGGACUGAAUCCACCCAAACCCGCUUGUUUGCAGAUGUCAAAGAAUCUGCAGAGGGUGCUACGGAAGAUCCAGCCUUAGCCAGUCGCCACAUCAUUGGGUGAAAGUUCUAGUGCUAAAUCGAGGACCACGCUCUUAUUGGCCAGGCAGGGGCUCCCACAGAGCUUUGAGUACCUCCUUGGUUUCGCAGUGUGCAGGCAACGUGCAUUGUAAAUUACUCCCUUGCAUCCCCCUUCACGGGGCAAAGGGAUCGCUCUGGCUGCCUGCCGUGGGUAAAGAACGUGAAAUCCUAGCAUCACGGAGCGCGGUUGUUGCCUGUGGUGAUGGUGGUCUCCCUGUCUAAGCGGGACCACUUUGCAGAGACCAGCGGCAUAUCGGAGCUCGAGCUGAAAAUGCCUGUGUUGCAGCUUAGGUUGAAUUAUGUUUCAUCUAUUCUUUCUUCUACACGAGCUGAUGGAUGCUGAACCUAUUCAUCAAAAAAGGGCACUCCCCUUCUGUCUAUUGUACUGACUUAACCUCUUCCGCCCAAGCCCGCAUCUGUGUGUAUCAUCAAUAAAGUUGUGUGCUUUGAUUGGCAAAAAAA